AUGAGCCAGAUUCACGGCCUGUCCUCCGAACUCCUGCAAGAAAUAUUGACAUUUACGGCGUUUCUCGUUGACGAUCACCUCGCAGACUCAGACCUCAGAGAUCCCUACCACACUCGUGAUGAACCCUUCGUGAAUAUGACCGAAGGUUGGAACUGGCUGAACGUCAUGGCUGUAUGCCAACAUUGGCGGAACGUUGCAACCGCGUCGCCCCAUUUCCAUAGUCGUGUCGCCUUGCAGAGCGAGGCGGCGAUGAAGCGGAGCAUUGCCCUGUCAGGCGACGUCCCUUUGCAUAUCAUCAGUGGUGAUGUGCGGAGGUGGAAUGCCACCAGAGUACAAUGGCUCACAGACAAUGUGCUGCCUGUCCUAUGGCGGCUCCGCGAAGUUGACUUGCUAUGCAUCCCCAACACGGACGACGUAUGGGCCGCUGGAUCGCUCAUGGCCUCGAUCCUUCGCGAGUCACCACCUAUGUUGAAUCGUCUUCGCCUGCACUACCAUCCUAGUUUGACUCGCAUCUACAACAGCGACAUUCGUGGUGGUGACGAAUUUGCGACCAAGAGUUAUCCGCUCUUGAGCGAUGUCGAGUUGGUCGGGUUUAUCUUUGCGGAGACGAGUGCGCUAUUGGGGUCUUCUCUGCGCUCAUUGUCGCUCUCGCAUUGUCAGCUUUUCCGUCUCAGAGACGCCAAUGCCCUCCAUGCUCUGUUCCGUGGAAUGCCUCUACUGGAGGUCAUGGAUCUUCGCAGUACUUCUCUGGCUAACCUCGCCAGUCGGCAAGACAUGGCCCUCCCUCCUCAACCCGUCCACUUCGAACAUUUACGACGCCUGUCUCUUGCCGCACCAUAUCUCACCAUACAUCGUCUACUGAAGUUCGUGACAUUCCCAAACACGACAAUAGUCGAACUUCACAUGCGCCAAGUGGAUGAGACCUCCCUCCGAUAUGGACCCCCAGACGGGAUGAUCGAUUUUUAUAGACGUCAUAUGGGCACUGCAACCGCCGAGGGGCCCGGUUAUUCGCGCAUAGCAGUCAAUUUAACCAUCUUACCCGUUGAUGGUCAUUUCGACUAUGCUUGGACUUUCUCGCACCCGCGCGGCGGCAACGAGACCACGGGAACCAAGCUCCCAGAUGCGAUGAUGAUCAAGUGGGCUUUUCGUGUGCCUGAGUGGGACGUGCACCAGUCUUUGAUAUCCAGUUGUGUCGACUCCGUCGUCAAGCUCAUCCCCUUCGCGCAUACGCCUCACACGCUCCGUGUCGUGCAAUCCGGCACCUUCAUGGAAUGGCAGCCCAACGACGAUGAGAUUAACGAAGACUUGACCUACCAUAAGCGCUGGUACGACGCGUUCAAUCACGGUCUCGAUACAGUCACAGAGCUAUGGCUUGAGGAUGAUGCCUCGCUUGACAGUCUAUGCUGGUUUGCGAAUGCGACCACAGGACGCGGCUUUUCUGGACGAUCCAGCUAUCCGUUAUUGAAGGUGUUAGGGUUUCGAUCCGCCGAGAUGCAUAUGCUUUCUACGUUGAGAUAUGGGAAGGUGGAGAUGAUUGAAGGUGCCUUGGGGAGGCAUACGGGCGACGACUGUCUUGUGAGGCUAUGGGGCUGCGACGUGCCUUCUGCGGUGAAAGAAGGAUUGGAGAGGCGAUUUGGAGAGCGCUUAGAGGUCGUUUGGCAGUAG